AUGGUUCAAAGUUCCCGUAAUCACGCCCCUGGGUGUGUCUGCCUUUUUUCGGAGCAAUCAAAUAUUGUAAUGUUGAAACGCUCUUAGUUUUCGACGAAUCAAGGCGCUCCUUAUUGCAAAAGGAUCACCCUAACGGGAAACAUUAGGUGCCCUCCUGAUUACAAGAAGCAAGGUAUGGAAACAUCGCCGGGGCCAACGCUAUUUCUUUAGCUGUCAAAUUUGACCAAGCAUACGUGUCAUUUCUAGGACAUAGAGCCAAUUUGAAGUAUACGUUCGUGCAGUAGAAAAGUUGGGCGGGGUUUGACACGUAUUUUGUGAGUCGCUAGCCUAGAAAAGUCUAAGGCUUUUUGAUAGACUGUUGUCGGUCGAUCAUGGUGAAGUAGCCUGUAGCCUGCCAGCUGUGUGUUACUGUAUCUUACAUUUUAUUGCCAUUUUGUAACCGAUGUCUCGCUUGCUACAGUUUGCUACUAGCGGUAUAAGUUGUCUGACUUACAGUGCUGACUGAGCCUAUAAAAGCCCGCAGUGAGUCGAGCCGGGGAAGGUGUAGUGUAAGGCACUGGGGGACAGUUUUUUUUUUUUUUUUUGCUGACACACAGCUGAAUACGGGCGAACAAACCAGGCAGGCGUUGGGUGAAUAGAUGUAUUGUCGCCUCAUCCCUCCCUCUCUCAUCCCUCCCUCUCUAUCUCCCUCUACUUGGGCGUGAACUGUCAUUGCAUCUGUUGACUGUGUCUGGCAUGAUCAUAAGAUUUUGACAGCUGAUCAAACUAAUAAAUAGAUGUUUGCUUCACAGAGUCUUACUUUCAAUCACUGUCAUUUAUUGCACUUCUUGACAGACAUGUCAUUAAAAUAAAAUAUUCGCAGGGUAGCCUGGCUUAAGCAAAUCUUUUAAAUUAAUUGAAAUCCAGCCCAUCACCAUUGCUGUCCUUAGAGUGACGCGCUGUGUCACAGUGUUGGCCAGUAGAGCAGGGCUAUUCAGCUCCAGACCUGCAGGGCCCAAAGCCCUUUGGUUGUCAUCCUUCCCUGCUAAUCAGGGACUGAGUCAGACCUGGCACACAAGGUGAGUGGACGCUGCCCAAUCAGUCACAUGAAUCAGUCAAUUAACUUCCAAGCAGAGAAGAGUCCCUCUAGACCUGGAGUUGAAUAACCUGUCUAUAGAGUAGGCCUAUUGGUUUCCCAGUGUCCCAUUCACCGUGGCUCGCUGUUGUCGCCCCACAGUACCAGAGUGUCAUCGCUGUUCAGAAUGCCACAGACCAACAAGUCCAGAAGUGCCUCGGCCAGUGGCUCUAAUACCGGACCGGGCCGAGGGGAGGAAAGAGGAGGAGAAAGAGAGGCUGAGCAAGAGCCAAGGGUCCAAGUACAGGAAGCAGGGGAUGGAGGAGGAGAGGAGAACACUGGAGACCCAGAGAUCAUCAAGUCCCCUAGUGACCCCAAACAGUACAGGUAACAUCAAAGUUUACCUUACACACCAACGUGUGUGUGUGAGAGAGACUGUGUGUGUGUGUGUGAGACUGUGUUUGUCUUUCUGGCUCUCUUUCCAUCUGAAUUUCUGUCUGUCUGUGAGACUCUGUGGGGUGUCUCGGGGCGUAACAGGUCACAUGUAGGCCAAGGAGCGGUGUAAACAGGACAUCCUGCUGUCAUUUAAAACCAACUGAAGCACACAGUAAACAGUAAACAGCUGGAGGGCCAAACUGUGUGUGUGUGUGGUUGUGUCAGCAUCUUAGAAUAAGAGAAUAGUGUUUACCUCUGUCUAACCCCUCCCACAGGUACAUCGAGCUGACCAAUGGGCUUCGAGUUCUGCUCAUUUCAGAUUUCACUGGUCCCGCCUCCUCUGGAGAUGACGAAUCAGAGGAGGAGGAGGAACUGGGGGAGGAGGAAGAGGAGGAAGAAGACUCAGGAGAGGGAACAGAGGAAGAGUCUGACGAAGAGGAGGAUGACAAGGACAGUGACUUUGAGGAUGACGAGGAUGGAGGGAAGAGGAAGAAGGGACACUCAGAGAAACAGGUGAGAGGGAGAGCUGGAGAUUAGGGCCCAGAGUGACCUGAACAGGAAAUAAUAGCGCAUUAGCAGCAAUAGUAAUAAGGAUAUUGAUUAUUGUUUGAUUGUUUGUUUAUGUGUGUGUGUGUGUGUGUGUGUGUGUGUGUGUGUCAGUCUGCAGCAGCGCUGUGUGUGGGUGUUGGCAGCUUCAGUGACCCCAAUGACCUCCCAGGCCUUGCCCACUUCCUGGAACACAGUGAGUAUGAUGACCCCUGACCCUUAAGGAUGAGAUUGUUUGUUUUGUUGUGAUAAAUCUGAUGCAAUGCUGUGUUUGUGACACGAGGGGAUAUCAAAAUACUUUCCUCUCCUCCCUCUCUCCUCUCCUCCUCCUGUAGUGGUGUUCAUGGGCAGUGAGAAGUACCCGUCAGAGAAUGGUUUCGAUGCCUUCCUGAAGAAACAUGGGGGCAGCGACAACGCCUCCACGGACUGUGAGAGAACCGUCUUCCAGUUCGACGUCCAGAGAAAGAAAUUCAGAGAGGCUCUGGACAGGUCAGCAACACACCAUCAUUAUAGUCUCUGUGUCUUGUCUCUUGAUUCGGAUUGGUCUAUCUGAUUCUAUCCAUGUCUCUGAUUGGUCCCUCUGUCUCUGUACCUGUCUGUGAUUGGCUCUCUCCAGAUGGGCCCAGUUCUUCAUCUGUCCUCUGAUGAUCCGAGAUGCCAUCGACAGGGAGGUGGAAGCUGUCGACUCCGGUGAGAAGCAUUCUGGGAAAUUGUUGCUGUUGUUGUUGACCUUAUUCAGACCUUAUGCACUGGUUAUGUAGUAUCCUGCUCCCCCUUCUCACUUUCUCAGAGUACCAACUGGCCAAGCCGUCUGACUCUCACAGGAAAGAGAUGUUGUUUGGGAGUCUAGCGAAACCAGGUCACCCCAUGGGGAAGUUCUGCUGGGGUGAGGACAGACACAUACACACAAUUUCAUAUGUUUGUCUUUGUUUACGUUCUGUUAAUUAGAGGCUCCUGGUUAGUCUGGAGAGCCGUCUCUGUGUUGUAGUUUAGAGAUGUGAUCAAUCAAUACAACGCUCUGUAGGACUACAAGUCGUUUACUGUGGUUGAGAUAUCGGCAGUAAGAGACAGGGUGUGUAGAACUGGAGAAGAGAGAAUGAGACAAUGGAAUAUUGAGGGGAAAGGGAGAGGAUUGAGGAGAGGAGGAGAGAGAAUGAGACAAUGGAAUAUUGAGGGGAAAGAAUUGAGGAGAGGAGGAGAGAGAAUGAUCAGAAAGAGGCAGAAGGGGUAGGGAGGAACAGAGAAGGGGGGUUGUAGAGUCGUAACAUUCAGGCUGCAUCCUCUGUGUUGUUGUGUUACUGCACCUGUUGGACUAGUUCACUACCAGUUGGACUAGUUCACUACCUGUUGGACUAGUUCACUACCUGUUGGACUAGUUCACUACCUGUUGGACUAGUUCACUACCUGUUGGACUAGUUCACUACCUGUUGGACUAGUUCACUACCCAGAGAGAGAGAGAUAGAGAGCUUUUGGGUUGCAUCUUCUGUGUUGUGUUGAAAUAUAUUGUAAGUAUUGCUGUACUGGCAGGACCAGUUUAGACUCCUGACAAACCCCUUUCAGCCCUGGCCUUCUGGAGACAAUAGCACUGUGAGGAGAGGCACACACACACCACACAAAUACACACACACACACACACACACACACACACACACACACAUACACACAGACUAACUACUCUGACUACUGUGUUGCCAUGUGUAAACGAGACAGAUGUUGUGUUAUGGUGGUAUGUGACUGAGCUGUUGUCAUGGUUUCAGCAGGUAACGCCCAGACUCUGAAGACAGAGCCCAGGAAAAAGAAGAUCAACGUUUACAAGAGGCUCCGCUCCUUCUGGAAGAGACAUUACUCUGCCCACUACAUGACCCUGGCUGUGCAGUCUAAAGGUGACGCACACACACACACACACACACACACACACACACACACACACACACACACACACACACACACACACACACACACACACACACACACACACACGACCCGGCCGUGCAGUCACACAUGUAACUCUGUUGUCCUCUGUCGGUUUGUGUGUGUGUGUAGAGAAGCUGGACACUCUGGAGGAGUGGGUGAGGGAGAUCUUCAGUGGAGUGCCCAACAAGUGAGUCUCAGCUGUACAUAAAUCCCUCACCAUUCAACCAUUCAUAUUAUAAUAUGGCCAUUUAGCAAACACUUACUGAACCCUGUUCCUCAGUGCUCAGCCCAAGCCGGACUUCUCUGAAUUGCUGGAUCCCUUUGAUACUCCAGCCUUCAACAAGCUCUACAGAGGUAGGAACACCUGCUCCAUUGAGCUGACUUGUACAGAAUUAUCUCCUGAUCUCCAUUAGCACCGUACAGCUUCAGUUCAAUUCAUCUCAAUGCUGUGUGUGUGUGUGUUUCAGUGGUUCCUGUGAGGAAGGUCCAUGCUCUGACCAUCACCUGGUCCCUGCCUCCUCAGGAGAAACACUACAGGUAAGAAACACAGCUACAGAUAACAGCUACUACAGAUAGUACAGCUACUAAAUAUAAUACAGCUACUACAGAUAAUACAGCUACUACAGAUAAUACAGCUACUACAGAUAAUACAGCUACUACAGAUAAUACAGCUACUACAGAUAAUACAUCUACUACAGAUAAUACAGAUAAUACAGAUAAUAUAGCUACUACAGAUAAUACAUCUACUACAGAUAAUACAGCUAUAUAAUACAGCUACUACAGAUAAUACAGCUAUGUAAUAUAGCUACUACAGAUAAUACAGCUAUUACAGAUAAUAUAGCUACUACAUAUAAUACAGCUACUACAUAUAAUACAGCUAUGUAAUACAGCUACUACAGAUAAUACAGCUACUGCAGAUAAUACAGCUACUGAUAAUACAGCUACUACAGAUAAUACAGCUACUACAGAUAAUACAGCUACUACAUAUAAUACAGCUACUACAGAUAAUACAGCUACUACAGAUAAUACAGCUAUGUAAUACAGCUAUGUAAUACAGCUACUACAGAUAAUACAGCUACUGAUAAUACACUACUACAGAUAAUACAGCUACUACAGAUAAUACAGCUACUACAGAUAAUACAGCUAUUACAGAUAAUAUAGCUACUACACAUAAUACAGCUACUACAGAUAAUACAGCUACUACAGAUAACUAGGUUCUAAAUACUCUAGGUACCACAUAUACACUGCUACAGGUGGUUGACCCUCAGCUGCUACAUCCACAGGAACUACAGUUGAGAGAUACUACAGUUGAUGAUGCACCUCUCUCUCAGCCUCUCUGUCUCUGCCUCUCUCCGUCUCUCUCUCUCGCUGCCCCACCACAUCCCGCUCUCUCUCUGUCUCUGUCUCUCUCAGGGUGAAGCCUCUCCACUACAUCUCUUGGCUGAUUGGUCAUGAGGGCACAGGCAGCAUCCUAUCAAUUCUCAGGAGGAAGUGAGUCAGAACUACAGCAGACAGGACUACAUAACCCAUAAUGCACCGCUUUACAGCUAUGUUUAAUGUGGUAACUGUACUUAGGUGCUGAGCUGUGUGUGCGUGUGCGUGUGUGUAGGUGCUGGGCCAUGGCUCUGUUUGGAGGGAACAGUGAAACAGGCUUUGACCAGAACUCUACCUACUCCAUCUUCUCCAUCUCCAUCACACUCACUGACGAAGGAUUCCAAAACUUCUACCAGGUUGGUACAUGCAAACACACACACAGCUAUGUCUUACUAUACUUGUGAGUAUAUCUUUUUGGGGACCAACAAUUGAUUCCCAUUCAAAAUCCUAUUUUUCCUAAACCUAACCCUUACCCUAAUUAUAACCCUAACCCUAAUUAUAAACCUAAGCCUAAAGUAGUAUUUUUACAAGUGAGUACUGGCAAAAUGUCCUCACUUCUCAGAAUUUUAGUUGGCUUACUAUUAUUGGCUCACGUAUAGUAAAACGUACACACACACACACAAUCUGUGUUUCUCUACAGGUGGCUCACCUGGUCUUCCAGUACCUUAAGAUGCUGCAGAGCCUGGGCCCCCAACAAAGGUACAUUUUACAUUUUAGUCAUUUAGCAGACGCUCUCAUCCAGAGCGACUUACAUCUUUUUUAUUUAUUUUUCAUACUGGCCCCCCGUGGGAAUCAAACCCACAACCCUGGCGUUGCAAGCGCCAUGCUCUACCAACUGAGCUACACGGGUCUGUGUGUUUAGGGCUUCACUAUAGGCAUGUGAAAUGCAGAAUAUGUUGUCUAUUUAUACAGUAUAUGAGUAUCUCUCUCUCUCUCUCUCUCGCUCUCCCUCCCUCUCUCUGCCUCUAUGCCUAUCACUCUCUCUAUGUUUGUAGGAUCUACGAGGAGAUUCAAAAGAUUGAAGCCAAUGAGUUUCACUACCAGGAACAGGUAAAUACUAGGUUCUAUAGGUCCUCUGUUUUUAAUGCAUUCUCCUCCUAUCUACAAGUACAGGAAUGAAUGCACCCAACCAACCGAUGCACUCCUGUGUGUUUCAGACUGACCCUAUAGAGUACGUGGAGGAUAUCUGUGAGAACAUGCAGCUGUUUCCUAAAGAAGACUUCCUCACCGGAGACCAGCUCAUGUUCCAGUAUUCACCUGAGGUACGGUGUGUGUGUGUUUAGGUGAUCGUUGCGGCCCUUAACCCUGCUUACUAAGCUAACCUGGUGUGUGUGUGUGCUGUUUAGAGAAGGUGCUUUCUGUGUCCUUAAGUGUCCAUGCAUAAAAAAACCUUUGAAAUGUUUGAAUCCUUCUUGAAUGUAAUGUGAUUUGUUGAUUCAAAUAAAGUAUUUAUAGUGUGUGUGUGUGUGUGUGUGUGUGUGUGUAGGUGAUCAGUGCGGCCCUGUCCUUGCUAACUCCAGACAGAUCCAACCUGUUGCUGCUCUCUCCAGACCAUGAAGGCCACUGUCCCCUCAGGGAGAAAUGGUUUGGGACACACUACAGCGUAGAGGGUGAGACACACACACACACACACACACACACACACACACACACACACACACACACACUUACACGGGCCUACUACAGUGGCUUCAGAAAGUAUUCAUACCCCUUGACUUAUUCCACAUUUUGUUGUGUUACAGCCUGAAUUCAAAAUGGAUUAAAUACAUAAAACAUCUCACCCAUCUACACACAAUACCCCAUAAUGACAAACUGAAAACAUGUUUUUAGAAAUUUUAGAAAUGUAUUGAAAAUGAAGUACAGAAAUAUCUAAUUUACAGAAGUAUUCACACCCCUGAGUCAAUACAUGUUAGAAUCAACUCUAGCAGCGAUUACAGCUGUGAGUCUUUCUGGGUAAGUCUCUAAGAGCUUUGUACACGUGGAUUGUACAAUAUUUGCACAUUAUUCUUUUUUAAAUUCUUCAAGCUCUGUCAAGUUGUUUGUUGAUCAUUGCUAGACAGCCAUUUUCAAGUCUUGCCACAGAUUUUCAAGCCGAUUUAAGUCAAAACUGUAACUAGGCCACUCAGGAACAUUCAAUGUCGUCUUGGUAAGCAACUCCAGUGUAUAUUUGGCCUUGUGUUUUAGGUUAUUGUCCUGCUGAAAGGUGAAUUUGCCUGUGCUUAGCUCUAUUCCGUUACUUUUUAUCCUAGUCAUGCCGAUGACAAGCAUACCAAUAACAUGUUGCAGCCACCACCAUGCUUGAAAAUAUGAAGAGUGGUACUCAGUGAUGUGUUCGAUUCGGCCCAAACAUAACACUUUGUAUUCAGGACAUAACGUUUAUUUCAUUGCCACAUUGCAGUUUUACUUUAAUGCCUUACUGGAAACAGGAUGCAUGUUUUAGAAUAUUCUGUAUUCUGUAUUCUGUACAGGCUUCCUUCUUUUCACUCUGUCAUUUAGGUUAGUAUUGUGGAGUAACUACAAUGUUGUUGAUCCAUCCUCAGUUUUCUCCUAUCACAGCCAUUAAACUCUGUUUAUUUAUAUUUUUAACCAAUGGUGCCCUUCUUUGCGAGGCAUUGGAAAACCUUCCUGGGCUUUGUGGUUGAAUCUGUGCUUGAAAUGUACUGCUCGACUGAGGGACCUUACAGAUACAGUUGAAGUUGGAAGUUUACAUACACUUAGGUUGGAGUCAUUAAAACUUGUGUUUCAACCACUCCAAAAAUGUCUUGUUAAAAAACUAUAGUUUUGGCAAGUCGGUUAGAACAUCUACUUUGUGCAUGACACAAGUAAUUUUUCCAACAAUUGUUUACAGACAGAUUAUUUCACUUAUAAUUCACUAUAUCACAAUAAUUCCAGUGGGUCAGAAGUUUACAUACACUAAGUUGACUGUGCCUUUAAACAGCUUGGAAAAUUCCAGAAAAUGAUGUCAUGGCUUUAGAAGCUUCUGAUAGGCUAAUUGACAUCAUUUGAGUCAAUUGGAGGUGUACCUGUGGAUGUAUUUCAAGGCCUACCUUCAAACUCAGUGCCUCUUUGCUUGACAUCAUGGGAAAAUCAAAAGAAAUCAGCCAAGACCUCAGAAAACUGGUUCAUCCUUGGGAGCAAGGAUGUACCACGUUCAUCUGUACAAACAAUAGUACACAAGUAUAAACACCAUGGGACCACGCAGCCGUCAUACCGCUCAGGAAGGAGACGCGUUCUGUCUCCUAGAGAUGAACGUACUUUGGUGCGAAAAGUGCAAAUCAAUCCCAGAACAACAGCAAAGGACCUUGUGAAGAUGCUGGAGGAAACAGGUACAAAAGUAUCUAUAUCCACAGUAAAACUAGUCCUAUAUCGACAUAACCUGAAAGGCCGCUCAGCAAGGAAGAAGCCACCGCUCCAAAACCACCAUAAAAAAGCCAGACUACGGUUUGCAACUGCAACCGUACUUUUUGGAGAAAUGUCCUCUGGUCUGAUGAAACAAAAAUAGAACGGUUUGGCCAUAAUGACCAUCGUUAUGUUUGGAGGAAAAAGGGGGUUGCUUGCAAGCCGAAGAAGCACGGGGGUGGCAGCAUUAUGCUGUGGGGUUGCUUUGCUGCAGGAGGGACUGGUGCACUUCACAAAAUAGAUGGCAUCAUGAGGAAGGAAAAUUAUGUGGAAACAUUGAAGCAACAUCUCAAGACAUCAGUCAGGAAGUUAAAGCUUGGUCGCAAAUGGGUCUUCCAAAUGGACAAUGACCCCAAGCAUACUUCCAAAGUUGUGGCAAAAUGGCUUAAGGAUGACAAAGUCAAGGUAUUGGAGUGGCCAUCACAAAGCCCUGACCUCAAUCGUACAGAAAAUAUGUGGGCAGAACUGAAAAACCGUGUGCGAGCAAGGAGGCCUACAAACCUGACUCAGUUACACCAGCUCUGUCAGGAGGAAUGGGCCAAAAUUCACCCAACUUAUUGUGGGAAGCUUGUGGAAGGCUACCCGAAACGUUUGAUCCAAGUUAAACAAUUUAAAGGCAAUGCUACCAAAUACUAAUUGAGUGUAUGUAAACUUCUGACCCACUGGGAAUGUGAUGAAAGAAAUAAAAGCUGAAAUAAAUAAUUCUCUCUACUAUUAUUCUGACAUUUCACAUUCUUAAAAUAAAGUGGUGAUCCUAACUGACCUAAAACAGGGAAUUUUUACUAGGAUUAAAUGUCAGGAAUUGUGAAAAACUGAGUUUAAAUGUAUUUGGCUAAGGUGUAUGUAAACUUCCAACUUCAACUGUAUAUGAGAUGGGUAAUGCAAGAUAUAUAAACAUUAUUACGAUAGUAUAGAAUACAGUAUAUACCUAUGAGACGAGUAAUGCAAGAUAUGUAAACAUUAUUAAAGUGACUAUUGUUCCAUUUAUGAAAGUGGCCAGUGAUUUUGAAGUCUGUAUGUAGUCAGCAUCCUCUCUGUGCUAGUGAUGGCUGUUUAACAGUCUGAUGGCCUUGAGAUAUAAGCUGUUUUUCAGUCUCUCGGUCCCAGCUUUGAUGCACCUGUACUGACCUCGCCUUCUGGAUGAUAGUGGGGUGAACAGGUCGUGGCUCGGGUGGUAGUUGUCCUUGAUUAACUUUUUGGCCUUCCUGUGACAUCGGGUGCUGUAGGUGUCCUGGAGGGCAGGGAGUUUGCCCCCAGUGAUGCGUUGUGCAGACCGCACCACGCUCUGGAGAGCCCUGCGGUUGUGGGCGGUGCAGUUGCCGUACCAGGCGGUGAUACAACCCGACAGGAUGCUCUCAAUUGUGAAUCUGUAAAAGUUUGUGAGGGUUUUAGGUGACAGGCCAAAUUUCUUCAGCCUCCUGAGGUUGAAGAGACGCUGUUGCGCCUUCUUCACCACACUGUCUGAGUGGGUGGACCAUUUAAGUUUGUCAGUGAUAUGUACGCCGAGGAACUUAAAACGUUCCACCUUCUCCACUGCUGUCCCGUCGAUGUGGAUAGGGGGGUACUCCCUCUGCUGUUUCUAUACUUUCUGAAGGCACUGUUUGUGUUUGCAUUAUUCGAGGACCAGAUCAUAUCAACAUGGUCCCAACAUGUAGAGAAAGAGUGUCCUGAUAGGUGUCUACUCUCUGUCCAGAAAUCCAGCAGGAGUGGAGAGAGCGCUGGAACGGAGACUUUGAGCACAACUCUGACCUGCACCUCCCUGUUGAGAACAAGUUCAUCGGUGAGUGUGUGUGUAUGUGUGUGUGUGUGUGUAUGUGUUGUGAACCUUCCUAAUGUGUUUAUUUUUUGUGUCUUCCUUCCAGCGACUGAUUUCAGCCUGAAGCAGUCUGACUGUCCUGACACUGAGUUGCCAGUCAGAGUAGCGUCCAGUGACCGAGGAUGUCUCUGGUACAAGAAGGACAACAAGUUCAACAUACCCAAAGGUGUGUGUGUGUGUUAGGGCUGUGACGGUCAUGGAAUUUUGGAUGACGGUAAUUGGCCAGCCAAAUGACGCAGUCUCUGUAAUAAUCGUUGGAAUAGUAUUUUUUUUUAAAAUAGAAUGGGCGUCCCCAUUCAAGUCACUGAUGGCAUAAUGGGUGGACUGGCAGCCAUUGCGAGAGUACCCAGAGGAGCAAAGCAGGAAUUAAAAGCAGGAACAACUUUAUAUCAGAGUUGUGCCUGUUGUUCACACACGUAUCUGCCCUCUCAUUGGCUAGAAUGGUCCCACCUGAACGCCUUCCAUCUUUGAGGACAUGUAUUUCUAUUGUUAGAGCGGUCACUCCACUAUCUUGUCAAUAUAAUCAAAAAUCUUUGAUUCAACUCAACUGACAUUACAAAAAAUAAAUGUCAUUACAAGAGCCACAUCAGUUAUCAUUUGAAUCAACAUUCUACAUUACCAUGGACAUUAUUACAUCACAAUACAGCCAUUGCGAAUGUACCCAUGAGUUUACCAGUCAAAUUGCCAGAGUUAGAGGUUCCAAGUAUAGAGAUCCUAUACAAUUAUUAUUCUAAUUCAUAAUUCUAUGGUUCCAAGCCCGUUCUAUUCAUGUGUCCUGCUGCUGCCUAGGCAACCGAAGACUCAUUUGCUACAACCAACACCUUGCUUGUUUCAACUAGGAGCAACAAAGUUUCAUCAUGUUGUUUAGAGUACAUGUUACCGCAGAAAUGGACUCAACCGCACAAAUUCCAGGCCGUCCCUUCUUCAGUCAGCUGUUCGUUCCCCAAAAACAAAAUGUAUCACGGUUAUUUUAUUUUCGUGAUGGUUUUCAUCCAUUUGGUAAUUGUGCCAGCCCUAGUGGUCUGACUGUGGUUCUCUGUAGCUCAGCUGGUAGAGCACGGCGCUUGUAACGCCAAGGUAGUGGGUUCGAUCCCCGGGACCACCCAUACACAAAAAAAAAUGUAUGCACGCAUGACUGUAAGUCGCUUUGGAUAAAAGCGUCUGCUAAAUGGCAUAUUAUAUUAUUAUUAUUAUAGUGUGUGUGUGUGUGUGUGUGUUAUAAAGUAGUUAGUUUUUUAAACAAUCUUGCCUCAAUGUCCACAUGUUCUCUUAAAGGAAAAUUCCACCCCAAAACGUUUUUUUGGUAUUUGUUUCAUUAGUCCAUUGUUGAUAUAGUUCAAAAUGUUUUCCAUGUCAGCAGUUUAUAGCUUUGAAAAUAGAGAAAUACAGCAGGCAAAAUGCAUCAUACCGGCUGUAUUUCUGUAUUUUGAUUAUAUAUCUUGAAAACAUGAUUGCUGACAUGCAAAACAUUUUGGGACUAUAUCGACAAAGGACUAAUGAAACAAAUACCAGAAGAUAGUUUUUGGGUUGAGUUUUGCUUUAACAGUGAACAAUUAAAAUGGUCAAUAGCUAUACUAUUACAUUGAUCUUUCAUUUAUUCUCUCUCUCCUCCAUUGAUCUGUCGUUUCUACUCUCUCUCCGUUGAUCUGACGUCUCCUCUCUCUCCGUUGAUCUGACGUCUCCUCUCUCUCCUUCAGCGUACAUCCGCUUCCAUCUCAUCUCUCCGGUCAUCCAGCAGUCAGCCAAGAAGUAAGUCCAGGGUUUAGUUAGCCAUUAGCCAACAAUUGUUUCACAGGUAGAGAUUGUGCUAAAAUCGUUAGCCUCUCGAGAAUGCAGCCAUAGCUAGGAACAGUUUUUCACAGUAUUUUAAUCCUGUUUCUCUCUGCUUAUCUCUCUCUCUCCACUCUCUCUCAUCCCCAACCCCCCUUCCCCCCUCUCUCACUCCCUCCCACCCCUCUCUCCACCCACACCUUCCUCUCUCUCUUUCACCCCUCCCUCUCUCUCUCUCUCUCCCCUCCCUAGCCUGGUGUUAUUUGACCUGCUAGUGAACAUACUAGGUCAUAACCUAGCAGAGCCAGCCUACGAGGCUGACGUGGCCCAGCUGGAGUACAAGCUGUCAGUAGGAGAACACGGACUGGUUAUCAAGGUCAAAGGCUUCAACCACAAACUGCCUGUGAGUUAGACACAGACACACUGCACCGCACGCCACACCACACACACUGCACCACACUCACACGAUGAUGAUGAUGGUGGUGUUGGUAUCUUCCUCCUCUGUAGCUCCUGUUCCAUCUGAUCCUGGACCAUCUAGCUGACUUCUCUGCCUGUCAAGAUGUCUUCAGUAUGUUCUCUGAGCAGCUCAAAAAGACCUACUUCAACAUCCUCAUACGACCUGAGAAACUGGGCAAGUACGUCACGUGUGUGUGCAGCGGGGGUGGGGGGGUCUGUUUGUAUGUGUGUGUCCCAACUCAUCAUUUUCUUCUCUCUCCACCCCCCCCACCCCCCUCCCUCCUCUCUCUCUCUCUCUCCCCCCUCCCUCCCUCCUCUCUCUCUCUCUCCCUCUCUCUCUCUCCCCCCUCUCCUAUCUCCGUCUCUCUCCCUCCUCCCUCCCUCCCUCCCUCCCUCCCUCCCUCUCUCUCCCUCUCUCACACUAAACACACACUCUCAGGGACGUGCGGUUGUUGGUCCUGGAGCAUGGUCGCUGGUCCAUGGUAGAGAAGUACCAGGCGCUGACAGACGGUGGUCUGACUGUAGAAGAACUGAUGGAGUUCAGCAGAACCUUCAAGACCCAGCUCUAUGCAGAGGGACUGGUGCAGGGGAACUUCACUAGCCAGGUGACUGGACCAUGAACACACACACAUUACACACCCUUUCCACCAAACCCUCUUGUAUAAUUUCUGAUGUUGUGAUCUGUUUUCUCUACAGGAGUCAAUCCAGUUCCUGCAGUACGUCACUGAGUAAGUUUAUACACACAUGCAUGCACGUGCAGGCACACACAUACACACACACACACACACACACACACACACACACACACACACACACACACACACACACAACUAUCUUUAUUGUAAUCUCUCCCUGUCCUCUGUCUGUCUGUCAGUAAGCUGCAGUUCUCCAAGCUGCCAGCAAAGGUCCCUGUGUUGUUCAGAGUGGUAGAGCUGCCUCUGAAACAGCACCUCUGUAAGGUCAAAGCACUGAACAAGGGAGACGCCAACUCCGAGGUCACAGUCUACUACCAGGUACACACAGUCACACACUGGUACAAUUCAUCUGUUCAUGACUCGCCUGUCAUUCAUUCACUCUAUUCUCUCUCUCUCUCUCUCUUUCUCCAGUCUGGUCCUAAGAACCUCAGAGAACACACACUGAUGGAGCUGUUGGUGGUGAGUACACCAACAACCAUUCAUCCUUUCAUCUCCUAACCCCUCAUCCCUUCUUCCUCUGACCUCUGUGUUGUUGAUAUUGUUGUCGUUCCAGAUGCACAUGGAGGAGCCCUGCUUUGACUUCCUCAGGACCAAAGAGACUCUAGGGUCAGUGUCUGUCUUUCACUCUUCUCUCUCUCUCUGGUUACUAAAUAGCCCAUGGAACCUAUGGAAAGAGUAGGAGUGUUAACCCCCUUCCUCAGUGUCCCAACCUUCCUCAGUGUUCCAACCUUCCCAGUGGCCCAACCUUCCUCGGUGUCCCAGUGUCUCAACCCUCUCCAGCUUCCAAUUGGCUCUGUCAACUUAACCCUCUCUCUCCUUCUCUCUCCUCCAGGUAUCAUGUUUAUCCAACCUGCAGAAACACGUCUGGAGUCCUGGGCUUCUCCGUCACCGUGGAAACACAGGCCACCAAGUUCAAGUGAGAUCCUCAUACUUACUGUAUGAACCAAUGACUGCAGUGAUUUUGAUGUGGCCUUCCUGAGGCUAGAAGUACUAUCUCUUAGGACCUGUAAAUGCCUUGUCUCUUAUAGCAAUGACAGUGGUCUCUCUCUGUCUCUCUCUCUGUCUCUCUCUCUGCCUCUCUCUGUCUCUCUCUCUCUCUCUCUCUCUGUCUCUCUCUCUCUCUGUCUCUCUCUUUCUCUGUCUCUCUCCAUCUCUUUUCUCCAUCUCUCUUUCAGUACUGAGCUGGUAGAGUUGAAGAUAGAGGAGUUUCUGUCUUCCUUUGGAGAGAAGUUGAGUGCUCUGACUGAGGAUGCCUUCAACACACAGGUGUGUGUGUGUGUGUGUCUGAGUAUAUAUGUCUUACACAGAUGAGUUUACUUGUUAAGCUGAAGGUGUGUGUGUGUACAGGUGACUGCGCUGGUCAAGCUAAAGGAGUGUGAGGACACACACCUGGGAGAGGAGGUGGACAGGAACUGGGCCGAGGUGGCUACACAGCAGUAUGUUUUCAACAGGCUUCACAGAGAGGUGAGAUACACACACACACACACACCGGACAAUUCCGUUUUUCAGUUUUUCUGGUGUGUGCAGAAUUUGACAUUUUCUGUAGUUGCUGCAGACGUUUCAUGUAUUUCAUGUGUGACUGUGUGUGUGUUUGUGUGCUUAUGUGUGUGUGUGUGAGUAGAUUGAGGCCCUGAAGCAGAUGACCAGAGCAGAGCUGGUAUCCUGGUAUCUGGAGCACCGCGGACACAACUGCAGAAAACUCAGUGUACAUGUAAGUGUGUGUGUGUGUGUGUGUGUGUGUGUGUGUGUGGGUGAGCAAUGUAAUCCAUGUUUAAGAGCUGUGUGUGUGUGUACUCUACAUCGACCUAGGUGGUGGGUUUUGGGCCGGAGGAGGGCGACCCCCCUGGAGAUGACAAGCAGAGUCGUCAUGGCAACGGAGAGAGGGAUGAGGAAGAGUGUGGCAGUUCGUCCUACGGAGAAGUGUCCAAACUGACCUUCCUCCCCGCCUCGCCCAAGAUGGCCGCUACAUCCAUCAUGGACAUUCCUUCAUUUACCCAGAGCCUUACCCUCUUCCCAUACCACAAGAUCAUCCAAUAGACUACCAAUAUCUAUUUUCUCAAUAUUUCUUUCAAACUCUCUCUCCUUCAUUGCCUGACCAUAACAUCAUCUAAUAAACUCAAUGAGAUACACCAUCACUG